AUGCCCCUAGGUGCAAUGGCCGAGCAAGCAGAAGAGCCCAGAACGCUCACGGCGCACUUCCAGGACGUGCCAGUACCAGAGUACAAGUCCCGCUGGAACGCCUGCUGGGAGGAAGAGUGGACCCCGUGGGACCGCGGCGGCUACAGCCCGGCGCUGUUUGACCUGCUCAGUGAGAAACCCGAGCUCUUCUCGCUCCCGAGCCCGGACGUCAGAAAAUCUGCUCUCAUCCCCGGCUGUGGCAGGGGCCACGACGUCCUGCUGCUCAGCUCGUUCGGCUUCGACGCUUACGGCAUGGAUAUCUCCCCGCGGGCCACGGCCGAGGCUAGGAAGCACGCCGAGGAGGCGACGACACAGGGGCUGUAUGAGCCGCGGACGGCAAGGCGGGGCGCGACGACGUUGCUCACGGGCGAUUUCUUUAAGGAUGAGGCGCUGGUUGCGGCGGGCGCCCCGACGAAGUUCGACUUGAUCUUCGAUUACACGUUCUUCUGCGCGCUCCCGCCUUCAGUGCGACCGGCGUGGGCGAGACGCACGGCGGACCUGCUGGCGCCCGACGGCAGGCUUGUCUGCCUCGAGUUUCCAUCCGAAAAGGACCCGGCCGAGCCUGGCCCGCCGUGGGCUGCGCCUCCGCAUGCGUAUAUGGCGUACCUCUCGGCUCCAGGCGAGGCGGUCGCAACGGAUGAGCGUGGAGGCGUGCUGCGAGGACAGCCGGGACCAUCACGCGAUGAUGGCUUGAAGAGGCUGCUGCACGUGAAGCCUCGGAGGACGCAUGAUGCGGGCGCUAAGGAUGGCGGUGUACAGGAUUGUAUCUCUGUGUGGUCGCAUUAG